UCACCUGUAUACGUUAACAUUAUAGUCUCCCAAGAAACAAACGCUGCCGUUCAACCAUAUCACUCACUACAGUAAAGGUCGCUAGGGGAACGCUGCCGUAGGUUGUUUGUCCCUUCCUGCUUCCCCUAGCUUGUGACACGGCUUCAACAUGGCGGCACUUGCGGAAACAGGGAAACUUUAAUGGAUAUACCGAGAGAACAGUAACUGACGCUGACUGAGCUCCGUGUGGCAGCGGCAAGGUGCCGGUGAGUUAAGCGGGUGAACGGUGCCCAUGACAAGCGGCAGCCGUCCUGCUGUGGGUCACUCUGGACCGUGCAAGAGGGUCAGGCUGCAUGAUGAAAUAAUACAAAUUAAUUACGGAAAUCCGCAAAUUGGACAUUCUCUAUGAAAACUCGACACUUCAUGCUUCCUGAUAAAAACUCUAACCACCUGAAUACAUGUGUAGGUCACUCCGUUACUGUGUUAGUCACUGUUUGUAUGCAGCAAUGACUCGGCUGGAAGAGGCAAACAAAGAGGUCAACAUGCAUUCUUCAGUCAGGUAUCUGGGUUACUUAGCCAAGAUAAGCCUGCUGGUGGCUAUAUGUAUGGGCCUUUAUGUGAGGUGGGAGCAGACUGCAGAUUCCUUGAUAUUGGUAAUCUUUAUACUUGGGCUGUUCAUUCUUGGGAUUGCAAGUAUACUCUACUACUAUUUUUCAAUGGAAGCUGCCAGUCUCAGCCUUUCAAAUCUUUGGUUUGGAUUUCUACUUGGACUACUUUGUUUUAUUGACAACUCAAAGUUCAAGUAUGACGUAAAAGAAGAAGCCACAAAGUACCUACUAGUUUCUUCCAUCAGCAUAAGAACAAUGUGUGCCUUAGUGGAGAGAAUCUGUGGAUAUGUUCGCCAUCGUCCGACGCUGAUGACCUCGGCUGAAUUUUUGGAAUUAGUGGGCUUUUCAAUAGCCAGUACCAUUAUGCUGGUCCAGAAGUCAGUCAGCAUCAUCUUACUCGUCACUGCAUUUGCUUUGAUAAUUAUUGACUUACGAAUGAAAUCCUUUCUGGCCCUUCCAAAUCUUGGGGCGUUUGCAGUCCUUACCCCCUUAUUGUUCUUUCCAUCACUGCAAAUUCCGGUUAAUCCUUAUGCAUUGUCAUGCUUUUUCUGCUGCAUCAUAAGUGAGCCACUUCUUGAUGUCUACUUCAGUGGUCUUUCUGUCACUGAACGAUGGAAGCCAUAUCUUUACCGGGGCAGAAUUUGCCGAAGGUUUUCCGUCAUUUCUGUUGGAUUGAUUGAAGUGGUAUUUUUUGUGCUUGCUGCCUUCAAGCUGAGUCACUUACAUGUCUGGUAUUUUGUUAUUCCAGGUUUCGUCAUCUUUGGUAUUUUCUGGCUAAUUUGUCAUAUUAUAUUUUUAAUAACUCUUUGGGGUUUUCAUACAAAGCUAAAUGAUUGCCAUAAAGUAUAUUACACACACAGAUCAGAUAAUAGUCUAGACAGAGUUAUGGCAUCCAAGGGAAUGCGCCAUUUUUGCCUAAUCUCAGAGCGUUUGGUGUUCUUCAGCCUACUUGCAACAGUGAUUUUGGGCGCAGUUUCUUGGCAGCCUUCCAAUGGGAUCUUUAUGAGCAUGUUUCUCAUUGUACUACCCCUUGAAUCUAUGGCACAUGGAUUAUUCCAUGAACUUGGCAGCUGUUUAGGAGGAACCUGUGUUGGUUAUGCAGUUGUAAUUCCCACAAAUUUUUGCAGCCCAAAUGGGCAGCCCAUGUUACUUCCACCUGAGCAUGUGCAGGAGUUAAACCUGAGGUCAACUGGAAUGCUAAAUGCCAUUCAGAGGUUCUUUGCUUCCCACAUGAUAGAGACCUAUGGAUGUGACUAUUCUACAAGUGGACUUACAUUUGAUACCUUGGCCACAAAAUUGAAGUCUUUUCUGGAGUUAAGAACAGCGGAUGGGCCUAGACAUGAUACUUACAUAAUAUAUUAUAGUGGACACUCCCACAACACUGGAGAGUGGGCUUUAGCAGGCGGUGAGACAUUACGCUUUGAAACUCUCUUGGAGUGGUGGAGGGAAAAGAACAGUACCUAUUUCUCCCGUCUUAUCAUUGUGCUGGAUACAGAAUUCUCCCAGCCCUGGGUGAGGGAGGUUCGAAAAGUGAGUGAUCAAUAUAUUGCUAUUCAAGGAGCCGAAAUGGCAAGAAUAGUAGACAUUGAAGAGGCUGAUCCCCCACAACUGGGUGAUUUUACUAAAGAUUGGGUGGAGUACAACUGUAACCCUGAGCACAACAUAGGCUGGUCUGAGAAGGGACGCACUAUUAAAGCACUAUAUGGCGUGUCCAAGCACUGGAGUGACUACAUCCUGCAUUUACCGACAGGGACUGAUGUGACUAAGCACUGGGUCAUUUAUUUCCCUGGUGUUACUUACCCACUUGUCCACCUAGCUAACUGGUGCGGAGCCCUUAAUAUUUUCUGGCUGUGUAAAGCUUGUUUUAAGUGUCUAAAGAGAUUAAAAAUGAAUUGGUUUCUUCCAGCAGUGCUUGACACAGGCCAAGGCUUUAAACUGGUCAGAUCCUAAGAAUCAUCUAUUGUAUUAUUGUUAUAAAUGUAUUUACAUAUACAGUAUAUCUAUAUGUAAAUAAAUAUAUUUAGAUAUGUAAGUACACAUGUAGAGAUAUUUUUUCACCUUGCUGUUUCAGCAAUGCACUGCUUUGUUACAUCUGUCUAAAAAGAUACAUGCAUCUUCUCAAUGCAGAUUUUUUUUUACAAGGUAAACUUUGUUACUGAAAUGUGUGUAUUCUGUAUCUGUGUGUUCAGACAUGUAUUCAGCAUAUGUUUUGGAUGAAUGGUUAUGGGUAUCUCUUGCAUCAAAUGCUCCAAAUUAUUCUGUGGAGACUGUUCUAUGAUCACUGUCUUGUAACGUUAAGCACAGAUUAAAGGCGAUUUCUAUUGAAUGUGAUCCGCUUAGAUUGUACAUUUGACAGAGAUCAGAAAAUACACUUGUUGUAUAUAGAAAAAAAAUAUUUAUUCCAAAGGAUAAACUAUUUAGUCUCUGUUCAGUCAGGUUCUUUACAGUUAUUGCUGUGUGUUUUACUCUGCCCUUAAAGGGGUACUCUACCCCUAGACAUCUUAUCCCCUAUCCAAGCAUAUAGGAUAAGAUGUCCCCUAUGAUAUCUCCUGCAGCCCCCCCCCCCCCUCCCCCCCCAGUCAUCAGCUA